AUGACGCCGGGUUUUACUGGUAUGUUUCCAAAUAACUCUCUUUCCACCGAUAAUUACCAUGCCAUUCUCGGCGCUGAUAUUGCUAAUGUCGUCAACGAAGCUGCUAUACGAGCUGCCUCCACAGGAAAGCAUGUAAUCUCUGUGAAAGAGCUUGAGUACGCAAUGGAUCGGGUUCUAGCAGGUGCUGAAAAGAGGUCACGUUCGUUAGUCGAAGAAGAGCGUGAAGUUGUAGCCUAUAAUGAAGCUAGGCAUGCAUUGGUCGGGUGGUUAUUAUUCACAUAG